AUGGCCUGCUGCUCGGAGUCUGCGCUGCUGCUGCUGCUGCUGCUGCUGGGGUCUGCGAGCUCCACGGGCGGGAAUCGCUGCGUGGACGCGGCCGAGGCGUGCACGGCCGACGCGCAGUGCCAGCAGCUGCGCUCCGAGUACGUGGCACGAUGCCUGGGCCGGCCGGCGCCGGGGGACCGGAGCGGCCCCGGGGGCUGCGUGCGUUCCCGCUGCCGCCGGGCCCUGCGCCGCUUCUUCGCCCGCGGGCCCCCGGCGCUCACGCACGCGCUGCUCUUCUGCCGGUGCGAGAGCCCCGCGUGCGCCGAGCGCCGGCGCCAAACCUUCGCCCCGGCCUGCGCGUUCGCGGGCCCCGGGCCGGCGCCGCCCUCCUGCCUGAAGGCCCUGGACCGCUGCGAGCGCGGCCGCCUGUGCAGGCCUCGUCUCCUUGCCUUCCAGGCCUCGUGCGCUCCCGCGCCCGGCUCCCGCGCUGGCUGCCCCGAGGAGCGGGGCCCGCGUUGUCUGCUCGCCUACGCAGGCCUCAUAGGCACCGCAGUCACCCCCAACUACCUGGACAACGUGAGCGCGCGCGUCGCGCCCUGGUGCGGCUGCGGGGACAGCGGAAACCGGUUGGAAGAGUGCGAAGCCUUCCGCAAGCUCUUUACAAGGAACCCCUGCUUGGAUGGUGCCAUGCAAGCCUUUAACACCUUGUGGCCCUCGAUUCUGCAGGACUGGCUGAACCCCUACCAGAACACUGGGCAUCAUUUCCCACAGUCAAGGUGGGUUCAUGAGUGGCUUGAGAAGAGACGGAGGCAGAAGCAGCCCCCAUUUUGUCCUCACCCCUAG